CCUUUUCAGGAAUCCAAGUACAUUCCGAAAUUAUAUCUAUGAUAAAAAUUGUAGACCUUAAAAAGUUAUGCGAAAUAAAAAAAAAAUUCAUGAAUUUCGGAUUGUGGAGAACAAAGUUAUGGUCGUUCAAAGUUUGACGAAAUAGAAAAAAGGCUCGUUCGGAGUAGAAAAUGACAUAUUUUCGCGACGAAGGCGCGACCAAACCGCCUACGGCGUAUGAGGCUUGCAAGAUCUCGAAAAAUUAUGCGGAAUCAAAAAAAAUUUCGCUACGAUCGAAUAACCGAGCACAAAGUUACGUUUGUUUAAAGUUUCGACGCAGGUCAGGCCUUCACCGCCUUUCUCUAGAGCGGUGAUGCAAUCACCGCCUUCCUCUACAACGGUGAUGGCAAUCACCGUGCUUCUCUCAUGCGGUGAUGCAAUCACCGCCUUUCUUUCAUGCGGUGAUGCAAUCACCGCCCUCCUAUGCUACAGUGAAGGCCCAAACAUGCGUAGAUUGUGAAUUAUUUUGAUAACGUGUGUAUUUUGAGAAAUUUUUAAAAAACAUGUGUAACUUGAGAUUUUUUUCAAGAAAUUAUGAUAUCGUCCAUGUCUUUAAAUUACCAAGAGCUGUUCAUAUCGUGACAAAAAAGGCCCUCUUGUCGUUGGAUUCUCGACGCUUCUUCCUUAUUUAUCUUUUGUAAUUUAGAGGGAGUGAGCGAGCGCUGCAAUGACUAGUAUGCCCUUGUCCCCACUCCAGAGUUGAGAGUACUGACCUCAAACCCUCGGCUCUCGAGUGUUUCAGCUGCUGAUGCUUCUUUGAAGUUAGAAUUCUCUGCAUUUGUUGGAUCUGAUUGCUCGACUUUCCCCAAAAGUCUUCUUCUUUCUUCGUCUCAUUUCGCGGGUUAACUUGGAAGAAUGGGGCGAUCCUCCACGGUGAAGGAGACGCAGGCUCUCUUCCAGUCCCUUCGCUCUGCUUACGCCGCAACUCCUAAUAACCUCAAGAUCAUCGAUGUAUACGUGGGAUUUGCCGUACUCACCGCCGUAAUCCAGGUAGUGUACAUGGCCGUUGUGGGGUCAUUUCCUUUUAAUUCUUUCCUCUCAGGGGUACUUUCUUGCAUAGGGACUGCAGUCCUUGCUGUGUGUCUGCGCAUCCAAGUGAACAAGGACAACAAGGAGUUCAAGGAUGUGGCACCUGAGCGUGCUUUUGCUGAUUUUAUUCUCUGCAACUUGGUGCUUCAUUUGGUGAUCAUGAACUUCAUGGGCUGAUGUGAGCUACCUGUAAUUUCCUAGCAUCUAGUUCCGAAAGAAGGAUGCAACAUGUUACUGAAAACUGGUAGGCAAGAUAGGAAAUUUUCCAUAGUAGUGCUAAGGUCUUAAGGAUGUGAACCAUGAACACAUUUCGGUUCUUUUUGAGAUUAGUUUGACAUGGAGUUUGUGGGAAUGGGCCAAGCGCCGACGCUCUUACGGAUAUUAUUG